UGCAUUCACUAUAUCCGGUCUCCCCGGACUCUGCAUUCACUAUAUCUGGUCUCACCGAACACUGCAUUCACUGUAUCCGGUCUCCCCGAACCCUGCAUUCACUAUAUCUGGUCUCCCCGGACCCUGCAUUCACUAUAUCUGCUCUCCCCAAACCCCGCAUUCACUAUAUCCGGUCUCCCCGGACCCUGCAUUCACUAUAUCCGAUCUCCCCGGACCCUGCAUUCACUAUAUCUGGUCUCCCAGGACCCUGCAUUCACUAUAUCUGGUCUCCCCGGACCCUGCAUUCACUAUAUCCGGUCUCCCCGGACCCUGCAUUCACUAUAUCCGGUCUCCCCGGACCCUGCAUUCACUAUAUCCGGACCCUGCAUUCACUAUAUCUGGUCUCCCAGGACCCUGCAUUCACUAUAUCUGGUCUCCCAGGACCCUGCAUUCACUAUAUCUGGUCUCCCCGGACCCUGCAUUCACUAUAUCUGGUCUCCCCAG